AUGUCCUUAGUCAAAUUUCUACACCACAUACAACGAAGUAACCUUCUCAAUUCAAUAGAGGAUUAUAAACGAGCAAAAUCCGAAGCAAUUGAUGCUAUAAAGGAAUUGAAUUUAAAGGCAAAGGACUCACUAAAUGCAAAUGCACCAUUCUUGAAAACUUUAUCCGAGUUUGCUUUGCAAAAUUAUGAACGAGUUCAACAAAAACAACCGGUGUCAGUAAAACUACUUUGGCUAGCAUCAAAGGCAGGAGACACCUUUUUUUUCCCCGUUAUUGAUUUCGGUGAAGAAAUUUCAUCAGCAUCCAGCAUAUUCAUAGAAGAUGAUUGCAGUGCCAUUAACGAGGAUGAAAGUACAUCAGCCAUUGAGGUUCCUUUGGGAAUGGAUGUGAGAUUUGAAGCAGUUGCUACAACACACUGGCAAGAGAAUAAGGAUCACUUGCUUAACUUAUUUCAGGAUUUAUUGACUAACUGUUCAUUUGUGUCAUCUUAUCUCGCCUUAACAAGUGUGGGGUUUUCUACUUACUCGCUCAUAUCUCCACAUAGUACAUCAAAAGUAUACAAAGUGGCAUUAACGUUCAACGGAUCGAAACGACUUGUGGAUGUGGGUGAUCGAUUGCCUCGUAUUGUUGACUCCAACAGAAAUUUGAUAUUGAAGUCAUUCACCGAUCUCCACUUGUACUGGCCUGCAUUGAUUGAAAAGGCGUAUUUACAAGUCAUGGGUCAUGGAUACUGCUUCAAAGGUUCGAAUAUGGCUAACGAUACCUAUAUGUUGAGUGGAUGGUUACCAGAAGUUGUCAAGUUAUCGACUAAUCGACUGCUAAGCAUUCUUGCACAAUUAUGGCAAAUGCGAACACGUAAUCAAGUGACACUAGGAAUUGGAACUGAAAGUUUUAGUGAUGAGUUUAGCUCCUCAAUAGGUUUGACUGGUGAACAUGAUUAUGUUAUUGAAGAUUUUGAUGGAAAAUGCAUCACCUUGAAAAAUCCAUGGGUUACUGAUGAUAUAUCCACAAGACUCGUUAAAGUUGACAGCUUGACCCAUUUCAAAUAUUUAUACAUCAAUUGGAAACCAAGGUCGGAUUCGGAGAUAUUUCAGGAGAUUUUCAUCUACACUUUGAAGGAGGACCACAUAGUCGAUCAACCACAAUUCACAAUUGAAUGCGACAAAGAGACCUGGUUACUUCUUGAAAAACACUUGCCAGUAGAUGAAAACCACUGGAUGAGGAUAAAUGUUUACAAAUCCAGAAAUAAGGUUGUAUCUCCUUUUGACAACGACGAGCACUCCGUUUUUGAAACAAAUAACCGGCUUCAAUUGAUAAAAUUACCCCCUGGUAUAUACACCUUGGUCAUAUGGUCUAAUAAUCCGGGUCGGUACUCACUAGCUUCGUACGGAACCCCCUUGUACAGACUGGUGCACCAGUUUCCUCAUCUACAAUUAAUCCAUGGUGAAUGGGUAAAUGAGACCUGCGGUGGCAACUGGACCGUGGCGUCAUACAUCAACAAUCCUCACUAUGAUCUCAACAUUACCAAACCCACAACAAUAAAGCUUGUUCUUAAUGCAAAUGCACUAGUCAAUUUCGAUAUCUUCUUUGCUGAUAAAUUGAAACCGGGACAACGUAUUCGAAGUUACAACAAGACCAAAUGUCUUUCGGUAGACAAAUAUUCUCAAGACUACCAGUCCAAGCUAUUGGAACUUGAACGCGGGUUGUACAAGAUUGUUGUAUCCAAUUUUGAUGGCUCACCAACCAAGUUGAAAUUAUUGUUGAAUUCAAGCGAAGCAGUAUCAAUAGAUAAAAUCCCAUCAACAAUGUCUCUAUAUUCCAUACAUCAUACUUUUUAUUGGAACCAAAAAAAUAGAUACAAGUUGUUCUUCAAGACCAGUGUUUACAACACGUCAAUUAUUGUCAAGGUUCGGCAUACAGACGACGAGAAUGCAUUGUAUGGUCGACAAACUGAUUACCGACCUGCAUUGAGGGCGUCAAUUUUCAAUGCUGCUACAAAGGAGCCAGUUCAGAUUAAUCAAGAGUUUCGAGACGAUUGCUUGUAUGGGUUAUUUGUUGAGGAAACACUUUUGGAGCCCGGUGAAUACAUUUUGCUAAUUGAAAGAUUCGAAAUUGGCAAAGGGAGAUGCGACGUUGUCUUGGGGAGUGACCAAAGAAUGACUUUAUUAUAG